AUGAAGAGCAGUACAAGUGGUGAUUUAAAGUUUUUUAAAGCUGAUUUGUUAACAGAAGGUUCAUAUGCAGAAGGUAUGGCGGGAUGUAAGGUAGUAUUUCAUACUGCCUCUCCGUUCACGUCGAAAAUCACUGAUCCUCAGAAAGAUCUCGUUGAUCCUGCCAAGAUAGGAACUAGAAACGUGUUGGAGACAGCAAAUAAGACAAAAUCAGUAUCUAGGGUUGUGUUAACUAGCAGUGUUGCUGCAAUUUGUGGCUCUAAUAGAAAGAUUCUUUCCCUUCCAAACGGCACUUUAAACGAGGAUGUAUGGAAUGAUAUUUCUUCAUUAAGCUACAAUCCAUAUGCUUAUUCCAAAACUAUAGCGGAGAAGGAGGCAUGGAGUAUCCACGAAAAGCAAAACAAUUGGGAUCUUGUUGUUGUGAAUCCGUCUUUAGUUUUAGGACCUGGAUUAAACCCAAAUGCAACAUCUGAAAGUUUCAAUAUCAUGAAAGCAUAUGGAGAUGGUCUGAUGAAGAGUGGUGUACCAGAUUCUGGUCUUGGAAUCGUUGAUGUGAGAGAUUUGGCUGACGCUCAUUUGAAAGCUGCCUUUGUCAAGAAUGCCCAUGGCCGUUAUAUUAUUUCUGCCCACAAUACUUCUUUAUUGGGAAUUGGGAAAGCAUUAUCGCCAGAAUAUGAUUCAUAUCCAAUUCCGAAAAGUGCAGCACCAAAAUUCUUACUCUGGUUAAUAGGUCCCUUUAUCAGUAAAAGCCUAACAAGGAGGUAUAUUACUGAAAAUGUUAAUUACGAGUGGAAGGCUGACAAUUCUAAAGGUAUAAAUGAAUUGCUCCUUAAAUAUAGGCCUCUUAAAGACACUGUUUGUGAGUUUUUUCAGCUAAUUAUUGAUGCUAAACAGAUUUAG